AUGUUCACCAAGGCCAUUUUCACCAGCGCUCUCCUUUCCGCCGUCUCGGCUCACCAGAACAUGCACCAGCUCUGGGUCAACGAUGUUACUCCUGGUUACCAGGUCGGCAUCCGGAUGCCACCUUCCAACAGCCCCGUCACCGACGUAACCAGCGACGACAUUGUCUGCAACGUCAAUGGUGCCAAGGUCCCCUCCGGUGUUGAGACCGUUGCUGCCAACGAGGGUGACACCAUCAAGGUUCAGUGGGACCAGUCCGGCCACCCAGGUCCCAUCACCCACAUGCUUUACGGACCCGUUGACGAUGCUUCCCAGGCCACUGGUAUCGGUGCCGGAUGGUUCAAGAUUGACGAGCUUGACAACGUUGACGGAAAGUGGGCGAACGAGAUCAUGGGCGCCAACAACAUGACCCGCGAGUUUGCUCUCCCUACCGGUCUUGCCAGCGGCGAGUACCUGCUCCGUUCAGAGAUGUUGGCCCUUCACGGCGCUCAGACUGUCGGUGGUGCGCAGUUCUACAUUGCCUGUGCGCAGCUCAAGAUUACUGGUACCGGUAAGGAGGGUGCUUGCGGACCUACCAUUGAGCUUCCCGGUGCCUACAAGGCUGAGGACGACAACAUCUACAUCCCCAACGUCUACAACGGCUUCGACGCGACCACCUACAAGGCUCCUGGUGGCCCUGUCGCUUCAUGCGGUGGUGCCGGUGCUGCUAAGCCAUCUUCCCCUGCUGCCAACUCGACCGUCGCAGCUCCUACCUCUGCUGCCGCUGCGCCCACCUCUACCCUCGCCGCUGUCUCCUCUGUCGCUGCUGUUGCCGAGACCAGCUCCGCCGCUCUCCCUACCCUCGCCCCCGCCCGCCCCUCGAUGAACGCUACCAUCCCCAGCGCUUCUCCUGUUGCCCCUACCACCUUCGCCACUCUCCUCCGCCCUUCAUCUGGCAUCGCCGCCCCUACCGGUGCUGUUCCCUCCGGAACUGCUGGCGUUGCUAAGCUCUACUAUCAGUGUGGUGGUGCUGGAUACACCGGCCCUACCACCUGCGAGGGCACUGCCAAGUGCGUCGUACAAAACGACUUCUACUCUCAGUGCCUCAACAACUAG